GCUGAAAUGCACGGCCAGGCAUUUCGCGGGCUCUCGAUUAGGGUCUGAGGCUUCCGAAUGGAGGGCCAGAAGUAACCGCUCAAAUAUGCCCCUAGUGCCAGCCAAACGAAAGCUUUUAUCGGCAGGGUAUAGCCUCUGGAUUAUGGCUGUCGCCUCAUGCAAUUCAGUCGGCGGCUGGCAUUACGGGGCAGAAGGCAUUGCAGAGUGGCCUAGAGUGCGAAUGGGGACGAAAAACGUGUGCGGUGGCUCCUUCCAGUCCCCGAUUAAUAUCACGACAAAUGCAACAAUCUUCGACUCUUCCCUGGGCCCGGUCAAGUACACCCAUUACAGUGAACCUAUGAGGAAUGCCCUCUUUAUAAACAACGGGCACACAGUGAUGUUGGUCCCAAGGAAAGCAAGCAAAGCCACCGUCAGUAUUGACGGCUUGCCCAGCACCUACAAUUUCAAGCAACUGCACUUCCACUGGGGAGACAAGUCCACAGAGGGCAGUGAACAUCAUGUUGAUGGCAAAUCAUACGCCAUGGAGAUGCACCUGGUACAUAUCAACACGGCAUAUGGCAGUGUCAGAGAGGCUUACAAGCACCCCGACGGCCUCCUAGUGGUCGGUGUUCUCUUCAAGGUCGAUGGGCGUGAAAACUGGGCACUGAGGAGCGUUGUAACAGCACUGCGUCAGAUGAAUAAGCGAGCUGCAAGGCGAGUGAGAGUGCCUCACCUCGUAUCACUGGUGGACCUUCUCCCACUGAACCCAUCGCUGUCCUAUAUAUAUGGAGGGUCCCUCACGACACCGCCCUGCUCCGAGGCAGUCAUCUGGGCUGUCCUAAAGAACGAGGAGAAAAUAGGCGAAUCACAGCUGGAAGUCUUCCACCACCUAGAAGCCGAACGUAACCAUCAGAACCGUACGCUGCACCUGGUGAACAACCUUCGGCCUAGCAUGCCACUAAACGGACGACACGUCUAUAGGAACUUUCCGUAAUAUUCAGGCGAGGUUCAGUGUAUCGGAAUACGAGAGUGAUGGACCGAUCACUGCAUACAGCACGCCUGCAUGUGGACGGGUGCUUCUACGGGUGCUUCGUGGACGGGUGCUUUCUAUUAGCUCCCACUUCGACGGCUACGAUGGCUUCCUUAGGACCAUAAAGGCA